CAAUAGCAGCAACAAGCCUCUCAGAGAGGGGUCUGUGGUCUGGAUUAUCUGAGAGGUGAGGGCUUCCCCUGACCGCACUGCCAACUAGUUUUCACUGGAGGUCCCAACAACAGCCGGUGCCAGUGCGCGCUCUGCUGACGCAACCACGUCGCUGUGGCUCAACGCGAUGGCGGACCGCAAUGUCCCCAGACCUGCCCAGGGAGGGACGGAGCAAAGUCACUGACUGAGCCGCUCUCACCGGCUCCGCUACACUGACCACCUGUUAAAGAGAGGGCGCUGCCAUUGCCGUCCCUCCCGUAAAAUAGUAUGUGGGACAAGAUCUGCUCGGAGUGCACUGACCGGGACGACUCAGAAGUGGAGUGAAGAGGAGCGGAGUGCGCCGGGCUGACGCGCCGCAUGUUGAGCCAGCAAGUUGACUGAAAUAACAAAAGUCGCGUCGACGGGAGAGAAGGGGACAGCCGCUCUUGGAUUUAACGGAGGUUUGAGGGGACAGUUGUUCCGGCAAAAUGAAAUUCGCGGAGCAUCUUUCGUCCCACAUCACUCCAGAGUGGAGGAAACAGUAUCUCCAGUAUGAGGCGUUCAAGGAUAUGCUGUAUGCUGCCCAGGACCAAGCCCCCUCCAUAGAAGUCACAGAUGAAGACACAGUGAAGAGAUACUACGCUAAGUUUGAGGAGAGGUUUUUCCAGACCUGCGAGAAGGAGCUCCUGAAAAUCAACACAUUCUAUUCAGAAAAGCUUGCUGAAGCCCAGAGACGUUCUGCCACACUCCAGAAUGAGCUGCAGUCUUCUCUGGACGCUCAGCGCGAGAGCAACGCUCCACCCGGCCUGCGGAGGCGCAAGACAAUGUUCCACCUGUCGCAGGAAGAGCGCUGCAAACACCACAACAUCAAGGACCUGAAGUUAGCCUUCAGCGAGUUCUACCUCAGCCUCAUCCUGCUCCAAAACUACCAGAACCUGAACUUCACUGGUUUCCGUAAAAUCCUGAAGAAACAUGACAAGAUCCUGGAUACUCCUCGUGGGGCCGAUUGGCGUGUGGCUCAUGUGGAGGUGGCGCCUUUCUACACCUGCAAGAAGAUCACACAGCUCAUCUCCGAGACAGAGGCCAUCGUCACCACAGAGCUGGAGGGUGGAGAUCGUCAGAAGGCCAUGAAGAGGUUGAGAGUUCCUCCACUGGGGGCAGCUCAGCCUGCUUUGGCCUGGACAACCUUUCGUGUGGGUCUCUACUGCGGCUUCUUUAUCAUUCUUGCCAUCGCCUUCAUUCUCUCUGGUGCUGUGUUCAUCCGCUUCGAGAACAUCUGGCCGCUGGUGCGAAUCUAUCGAGGCGGUUUCCUGUUGAUCCAGUUCCUCUUCCUGUUGGGCAUCAACACUUAUGGAUGGAGACAGGCCGGAGUCAACCAUGUCCUCAUCUUUGAGAUCAAUCCCCGAAAUAACCUUUCACACCAACACCUGUUUGAGAUUGCUGGUUUCCUGGGUGUGUUAUGGUGUCUCAGCAUCCUGUCCUGUCUCUACUCAGAGUACACCUACCUCCCCAUGCAGGUCAACCCGCUCAUCCUUUAUGGCUUCAUGGUGCUUUUCCUCAUUAACCCCUUCAAGACCUGCUACUACAAAUCACGUUUCUGGCUCCUCAAGCUGCUGUUUCGCGUCUUCACAGCACCGUUUCACCGGGUGGAGUUCGCAGACUUCUGGCUGGCCGAUCAGCUCAACUCUCUGGUGGUUGUUCUGAUGGACCUGGAGUAUCUCAUCUGCUACUACAUCUUUGAGCUGCAGUGGAGCAACAGUAAGGGCCUGCUGCCCAAGUUUAAAGACCCUGGUGACCAUGUAUGCCACAGCUACUCGUACGGUCUGCGUGCCAUCAUCCAAUGUCUGCCCGCCUGGUUUCGCUUCAUCCAAUGCCUGAGGCGUUACCGUGACACCAAGAGGGCCUUCCCUCACCUGGUGAACGCUGGGAAGUAUUCUACCACCUUCUUUGUCGUCACCUUCGCUGCUCUCUAUGCCACACACAGAGAGCAAGGACACACGGACGCCGACAUGUUCUUCUACCUGCUGAUCGUGUUCUCCACUAUCAGCUCCCUGUACACACUGAUCUGGGAUCUGCGCAUGGACUGGGGUCUGUUUGACCGUGGAGCCGGAGAAAACACCUUCCUCAGAGAAGAAAUUGUUUACCCACACAAGGCCUAUUACUACUGUGCCAUCAUAGAGGAUGUGAUCCUGCGUUUUGCCUGGACGAUCCAGAUCUCUCUGACCACGAUGACAAAGAUUCACUCUGUGGGCGACAUUGUAGCCACCGUGCUGGCUCCCCUCGAGGUCUUCAGGCGUUUUGUGUGGAACUUCUUCCGUCUAGAAAACGAGCACCUUAAUAACUGUGGUGAGUUUCGUGCUGUGAGGGACAUCUCGGUGGCACCGCUCAAUGCUGAUGACCAGACGCUGCUGGAGCAGAUGAUGGACCAGGAUGACGGUGUCCGGAACCGCUCAGGCAAGAAGACCUGGAAGAGGUCCUACAGCCUGUCGCUCCGACGCCCCCUACUGUCCUCCUCACAAUCGAAAAAGGACACAAAGGUGCUAAUUGAAGACACGGAUGAUGAGGCCUUCAGCUGAGUCCACAACGUCAGCACGUGCACACACACGAACACACCCACACAGACAUACUAUACUUAGAAGGACCUCAUUUACUAACACUCAACCUCAACCCUUCUCCCCUUGUAGUGAUAGAGUAGUGACCCUUCCCCUCAGUCUAAACCUCUAACGCAGUGUGGACCUCAGACUGUCCUCACUUUGGACAAUUUACCUCAUCUUUACAUCCCUGUGAGUAUAUUUGGUCUUUAUAAGUAUAGAAAACACACACACUGUAACGUAGAAACACACGUAAAGAUAAACCUGCUGAAGCACAAACAUGGUGUAAUAUUGCUACAGUUGAGGAGAGAGCUAACGCCACACAGACAAGCAGACUGAUGGACAGACGUCACGGGAAAUCUUCUGCACACAAGUGGAAACACAGACCACACUGCCCUGGGAUUAUUCUCUUCCUUUUUUGAAGGACUUUUUUUAGUAUAUGUUGUUUACUUUGAGAUAUCUGUGUUUCUUUAGAUCUGUCUUUACUUUUCCUGGAUUUAUUUCGGAGACGCUGCCUAGAUGACUGUUUACACGCCUUUUUAACUACACUAGGAUCAACAGGGAGAAGACAAGCCAAUCAAAAGACUGAGUAUUAAUCAAUAGAAACCUGAGGAAGGACUCAACACACAUCACAGCAUAUCAAAAACAAAUCAACUGGUUUUAACUCGUUGAUUCUUUUUUAUACUCCAUCUUUUUUUCUUUCGGGUUGAGUUGUAAUUACGUCCAUGUACAAUCACAUCCUGGAGGCACUUGCAGGAAAAGUGCAUUUAAUACACAAAACAUGAAAAAAAACCUGAUUAUAAACAAAAAGGGAUGUUUUGAUUCAAACAUUUCUAAUCUGUGAAGUUGCUUUGUAAUAUAUUUAAUAUAUUUUGAUGUGCAUUAUGACUCUACUGUAGUUGUUAAGUACUUCUACAUGUGUUGUUUAUACUAGUGAGACUAGUUUGAGCAUCUACACAAUGAUUGUUAAUGUAUUUUAUAAUGUUUGGAAUGUUUUUCUCGGUUAGACUCGUGCCAUGUUUUUAAUAAGCUCAUAGUUAAAGCUCGAUUUAUCCCCGACCUCAAAUUAGUGCAAAACAGACCUGUGAAUCAUCAUGUCACGACUUCUUAAAGUGCCCUAUUAGCUACAGUUCAUGUGUGCAUCACUGUUUUUUGCAUUAACUACCAAAGCUUUGUUUUUAUGAAUAUGUCCAUCCAGCUUUUUUAAAGAUUGGAGUGUUCUUUCACAAACGUAAAUAACUGUUUUAGCAGGUAGGUUCUGUCUUGUUGGAAAUCCCAGUAAUAUGAGUAGAAGUACGUCAAGAGUGAUGUGAUGCACCGCUUUAAAUGCUCAGUUGAAUUGUUGGUGAGUCAAAGUGUAGUUGCCAGUGGUUCUCAACCUGGGAGGUGUAGGGGGGUCAAAAUUGAAUAAACCUGACUAAUGAAGGUUACAGUCACCAAACAUAAGAGCUCUGAUGCUACAAGACAUUCAAGAUCCACAUCCACAACAUGUAAAGUAGAGGGUGGGCCAGUGUUUGACAGGGAAGGAAAUCAAACAUGUUGCAACAGACCAGAUCACAAUGUUUGUUUUCCUCUGGGUAGAAAACACCUGUGCUACAAAUAUAAAAUGAAACGAUGCCAUGCAACCACUGGCUCAAUUGGUUCAUUUUUAGCAAUCUAAAAAAGUCCCACGAAAAAACGUUCAAGUAUACACUUUAUUUGGAGUAUUUUCACCACUGUAUCAGACAGCCCUUUCCAACAAGGAUCUGAAUCCAUUAUUUUCAAGCCACCAGACUCCAUUGUCAAACACAGUAUUUUUGCUGUUGUACUUUUACUUACAUGGGUGCUGCUGGUCUACCACUCCCUCGAUCAGUCAGUUUGUAAGGUAAGGUGGAGAAAAUGUUCCAAAUAUAGCAUACACUUAAACUGCUAUUGAUGUUUUCAGGUGUCUAAAAUCAGUUUUGCUGCAGGCCCCCAUCCACAACGGUACUUUACUUAACUUCUGUGCUGGUAUUUUGGGUUCAUCAAAGAUGCUAGCAAAGCAACACAGUACAUAAAAUAAGCACAGCAGAAAUGCAUGUUACAUUCACGUCUGAAAAUGACAUAAGAAAUACAAGUUUGGCGAUUUCACAUAUCUCCACAGCUGAAAUCAACUGCCAGUAGUCUACCCAGAAGGCACUGCUGUUAGCAACACAGUAAUUCGGUCUGUAGCUGCAACCACAAACUCGCAGCCAUGCGUUCAUGCAACUGACUUUGGCUUAUGACCAAUCUUUCCCCAAAAUCUUGGGCAAGGCGCAUAACCUUUAAAUCCAUUAUAAAGUUACGCACCUUUUUGCGAUAGGCCACUCCCAUAGCCACGCCCCAUUUUAGCCAACUAACACGAACAAAAACACACACAUACACUUGACCUUUGUGCCAAAUUUCAGUCUCCUAGGGCAAAAACAUGGCUGCCAAAGGGUGGGGGAAUUUUUGUGAACUGACCGACAGAGUGAGCUACAGAGCUGCUGGUCUCAACUGAAAACAUAAAAAGGCUCAUUCUGCUUUCAUGUUUACUGUCAAUACAGCAGGAGAGCCUUUGUGUCAAUCACGUUUACGAUAAUGUUAUUGCAAUGAAAUUCAGACUGGCUCAUUUUGCCACCAUUUUUCCCAGUGUGAGCAAUUUGUUUGCCUUCUCUAAGUCGGGUAUCACAGAAAAAAGUUUGAGAACCACUGGUACACUGCGAAAGACUUCAUAUGGUCACCAGACGCCCUGACAAGAGCUCAGUGUUGCCAGAUUGGGCAGUUUUAUACCAAUCUGAGCUACUUUUUUUUAUAAGUGUGCAGAUAAAAAUGUUCCAUUUGUGUGGUUUCCUCCAACAAAAAGUUAUGCUUUAACCCAACAAACCAGCCUCUUUUGAUUUGGCUUCACCUAAUUAUACUCAUAAAACAGAACGCCCAUGAAUGGAAAAUCUCAUCCAACAUCUGAAAUAAAAAAUUGGGUUCAUUUCACAUGAUGAUUGGACGACUCUUAUUGAGUUACUUGGUGGCAAUCAAAGCUGGCAACACUGCAAAAGCUCUCUGACCACAUUCAGCGUUCCUGUCACCAGAUAUGUGUUGUUUGUUUGACUGUAGCGUUCAGUGUUGCCUCGUUCAUUUCAGCACUUUUAAAAGAAAAUGAUUUCAAGUGUUGUGAUUUGUGAGAUCAAAUGUAAUCGACUAAACUUAGAAAAGGAAAGUUAGUAUCAACCAGGAAAAAUGUGCUGUAUAUGUGGCAUCCACUAUCAGCCCCCUCUGCCCGUUUCCAAACACUUUAAGAACAGUUGGUUAUAACUUUUAAAAUGCGUCUCUGCUGCUGUUAAAGGGCCCCCUGGCUUUCAGAGACAAGAUGCUAAUUUUAACGCUGGUUUGUGUGUUUCACUUUCUCUUCCUGUUUGACCCCUUCACUCUGCUCCACUGUUCUUCCCUGUGGCUACAUUGCGUCGCCACCAGCCAGUCAUGAGACGAAGCCCAGAGAGCUUCAAGACAUGUGUUACAGAGAGUCCAGUUUCUUCUGCUUCUGUUUUUUCCCGUAGUGGCUAAAAGACUGAAAAGCUUCUGUGUGCAAUGAUCUUAAUGUGAACUAGAAAGCUGGAAAAAAAUGUGUAAGUAUAGAAGAUGGGUAGCUUCCUGAUCCAUUUAAACACACUGGACACAUACCAUAACUGCAUACAGGCUUAAAACAUGACACACACACACACACACACAUGCACACACACAUAAAUACACACACAGCCCACAUUGCCUCUCUCUCUUGUGUCAGAGAGCACAACUCUACAGCAGAUAGUUUUGUAAAAAGGCUCUGUUGUCUUGCCUGCAUGCUGCUUUAGUUUUACAUUGUACAUAGGUCUUAAUUUAUUUGACAUAAUGUGUAUAUUAGCAAUCAUUGUAGCAGCUGUGACAAUGAUUGAUUUCAUACGUCGCCAUUUUUGCUCCAGACAAGCAGUAUUUUUUAGGCGAUGAGGAGCUUUUUGUUCUUGGUCGCGAUCCUGCACUUCAUGUGUAAAUCUGUUGACAAUGUGUUUGUAUAAAAAUAGAAAAAAAUCCAUAGAACUGGAGAAUGUGAUUGGUCGUAUCUUGUUGGUGAUUCCUUUAUAUUUCAAGGCUUUGCGUCCAGGGCUCGUGGAGGAGGUGCGAGGGGCAGGUUACCGUGUCCUGAAGCUGUGAUACUGUCUGUACAUUUGUGAAUGUGCAUGAAAAUAUUGUGGAUCUGUUGUUUGUAAACUGCCCUGCGGACAGAAGCACUUUGACAUACUGUAGGGCGCAGGAACAGAGAGAUACCCACACCAUGACAAAAUACUGUUAAACUGAUCCCAGAUCUGCCUGAGCUCCUCUUGAAUUAUCUCUUAAACAGAUCCAGGAUCUUUUUUUGGAGCAUUUUUGAGAUGCCUCUCUGUGAGGAAAAACAAGUGUUCCACUGACCAGUGUCUGUUCACAGUAUGUGUAACCCGGCGACAAAAACAAAAACAGGGUUACUUUGUACAGUUUGUGUUUGAUGAGACGAUCCUCCACCCUGACAUCCCAUUUUUCUCAUGGGUGAUUUUGUUUCCACUGCUUGCUGAAACCCCCAUGAUGUUAAAGUGCUUGAUAUGUGUCCACCCCUCCCUGUCCCUCGCUCGGUGUUGUUCGUACCCUCUCUCUAAUCUAGCUGAACGUGGUAGUACCUGUAGUUUGGUAGAUGGAUGUUCUACUUUGAUAAGAUAAAAAAAAGAUAAUAGAAUAAAAUACAUUGUGGCUAAAUGUGAUUUUAAGAGACAUAAAGAAAGGAAAAUGUCUUACAGUUUGAACCAUCCUCCCCCGAGUCCCUUUUACAGAGUAGUUUGUACAUGUCGAGUGUAUAACACCGUUCUAUGAUGGUUUUCCUGAUGGUAUUUGUAUUUCUGUAUACACUUUGGUGAUCCUGUCAUAUCUGGGUUUUAUAAACCACGAUUAUUUUUAAAUCUC